AAACGGAAGUAGAUUUAAUUCUCAUUCUUUUCUGAGGAAAAUAUUCUGAAGAAAAAAGCUAUGAAACAUUCGCCUCGAUUGACCGUGCUCGCAAUAUGCUUGUACGGUACAUCCGUACCUUGUCGUAUUUUGGGAGUAGAUGGAUUCAAUCUUCCUCGUAAACAAUUCAAAUUAGCAGCUGAGCUCCCAAUUGUCAACAGUGCAUUUUUAAUCGGACCUGUAAGAACCAACGCUGUGUUCACUUUUGCCGCGAUUGAUGAAUUUUCAUCAAGUAAGGAUGGGAUGAGAAAAAGAAGAAAAAUUGGAAAAAAGGGAAUUAAGGCAGGCACGCUGAAUCUUAUUAAGGCAAUGGCAGGUACCGGAAUGCUGGCACUCCCUAUGGGAGUCGCAAAAUGGAACGACAUCAAAUCCGGAAUUUUCCCAUCGAUUCUAUUAAUGUCGACACUAGGAUGUAUCUCCGCGUACACAUUUGGUUUGUACGGUCGCCUUAUUCAUGCUUCACAGGCGAAGACAUUAGGAGAACUUUGGGAAAAGAAGGUUAAUAAAAAAACAGGUACGAAUAUAAUUCAAUUUUAUUCGAAGAAACUAGUUCAGAAAUCACUUACAAGGAUUGCUGGUUGCUAGCGUACGAGUACUCUUGCUCUCAAACUAUACUUUGUAUUUUGCUCCUUCAAAAACUACACUAUGUUUUUUCACAACUGUAUCGCGGGAUCCGUCAAUUCAGCAUGGUUAGUUUCAGCUGCAAGUCUCAUUUUUUGCCUCGGGUGUUGUUUGUCGUACAGUUUAUGCUUGGGCGAUGUUUCUUCCAGUCUUGCUGAGACCAUCGGUUGGAAUGGCAUUUGGAUUUCUAGGCAGUUUUGGAUUAUAAUUAUGACGGCAAUCAUUCUAUACCCAUUGUGCAAUUUGAAAUCUUUAGUUUCUUUAGCACCUCUUUCCUUUGCCGGUGUUUCAGCAGUUGUCAUCACGACAGUAUUCAUCGCAUGGCGUUGCCCAUUGUUCAAUAACAGAUCCCCUUAUUCGAUUCUAGGGGAUGGGGAACUGUUGAAGACACUUUCACCACACCAACUUCCGAAGUUUGGAAGCACGAACAAAGGUUUUUUUAGUCCUUCUUCACUAGUAUUGUUUGGGAUGGCUGCAUUCUCAUAUUUGUAAGUGAUUCAUUUCGUAUUGAACCAAGCAUUUUUUCUUCGUGCGCUUAUGCUUUGUUCUGUGCACAUUGAUUUUGAAUAUAGAGGCCAUUUUACUGCACCUGAUUUAUAUCAUUCUUUUCGCACAGAGAAUGAAAAUGUCUUGGAUGAUUGUCACGUUACUACAGCAGAUGGUGAUGAUGCUGAUGUCGGAAAUGGCUAUGUUAAUGCGAACAAAAAUUGUGCAUUGGAUUCUUUCUUUAACGUAUCUUUUGGUGGCUUUACACUGACUACAAUAAUUAACUGUUUGGUCAUGACUUGCGGAUUUCUCACAUUCGGUGGAAAUUCCAUGGGAAUCAUUUUGAAUAAUUUGUAAGAGGAAAGAAGGCGUGUCGAAUUUGAACAAGGUCGUAGGCUACAGUGAUAGUGACGCCCAGUGUUCUCUGACAAGUUUUACGGAUCUUUUGAUUUUGUAUCGACUCAUAAUUUGUCAUUAUCCAUCUACAAUAAUAACAGUUCCACAUUGGAUAGAGGGGCUACCAUUUGUCGGUUCUUCACUUUAAUAUCUGUUCUUGGUGGAUAUCCAUUUUUGAUACGCGCUUGCCGCGGUGAGAUCUUAGAGCUGUUGAAAUUAAAGAAGACGCGGGAUCCUAAACCUUCCGAUGAAAAAUUUGCUACCAUUUUCUUGUUAGUAAGUCUAACAGUGGCCUCAAUGUUCCUAUCGAAUGCUGGCUUAAUUAUCGGGUUGUCGGGCGCUGUGAUGGGAAGUGCUUUGGCAUACAUAUUUCCUAGUCUACUUUUCUUGGCAUCGACUGGCAAUAUGAAGAGACCAAAACCAAAACGUAUAGUAGUCGAGAGAAUAUUUUGUCGAUUCCUGGUUGUAUUUGGCUCAUUCGCCGCCUUCGCUAGCAUUGUUUCAGUUCUCGGUGGUGCAUAACGGUAUCAAAACUACAGAUCAAAUCCAUCACAAAUCACGAUACCAGCCACGAGAGGUUGUAAGAAUAACGUAGCUAUGUUCAACAUCCUUGAUUUUACUGUUUCGAAAGUAAUUGAGAGUCGGUUCAAGCUAAAGUCUUCUGUGCGUGUUGCAUGCUAGCCAUUAGAAUAGGUACUUCUACUACUAAUUGAUUUGUACGGUGGUACGUACGAAUACAUCUGACUACACAAUUGUUUGCUCAAAGAACUGCAAUGCAAUCGAUUUCUACCUGGACUCCUUUGGGUAGAGCUGCUGCUUGAACACAUGAUCGGGAUGGUGCCACUGGGCUAUUCUUGAAAUAUUCCUCAUACACUUGGUUAACAGCACUCUGUGUAUACACAAAACGAACCGACGAUGAGUGAAAUGUAAUCAAAAAGAUAAGUUGAGUUUUCAUACGUUUGUAUGAAUCAAUAUCUAUCGCAUCGGGUUCGACUUACAAAGUUUUGGAGGUCGUCAAGAAAUACCGUGCAACGAACAACAUUCGCAGGUCCUGCACCAGCCUCCGAAAGAACUGCGUCCAUGUUUUUGAGGACCUGUUGAGUUUCUUUUUGCACAUCUCCAUCUCCAACUAUAUCCCCUGUCUUGGGAUCAAUGGCAAUAUUUCCUGAACAAUACAACGUAUUCCCAGCA